AUGAGCGUAUCAACACCAUCAGGGUUACCUGCAUACGGCUCCCUCUAUAAAGAUUUCGACAGUAUUGUUGAAGUGGAGUGGCAAGAUUGUAAAACCAUCGAAAAGCUUAAAGAGCCCGCAGAUCGCUCAAGGGGCGGCGAUCCUUCUAUAUCCAUCAGAAGUUAUACCAUAGGGGAUAUUCGGAUCCAUUCAAUCCGCUCCACAAGUGAAGAUGCAAAUUUGCACGACACUCGACCGGAAUACCAGAAGAGGGAAAGUCCAGAGGAGAUUGAAUUCUUAAAUCAAUAUAUCACUGGAAACAUCAAUUCUAAUCUCAUCAAAUCCGAAGAAGAUCACCAAGGAGGCGGAUAUAGAGAUUUCCAUAUAGUACCUGGAUCAGAAAUCUCAAACUCCUACAACAAGAAAGAAGAGCAUCCUUAA